ACCUGAUAUCGAAUUAAGAUUCGCAGCUGAACUUAUUGAUGGCGAUGCGGAAAGAGCCGCGGCACUUACUCAACGUACGUCUAGUACGUCAGCCCGCAUAUGGGAAAUUGUUCUUGAUUUUG